CUUUGACAAAGAUCGUCUAUUUAUACUGUGCUGCCUUCAAGUGUUCCUCGUAAAUGUUGGUAUGUAAGAAUAGCCUUUUCCCAGAAUCCCUUGCGGCACAGCUAUAUCAUAUCAUAUUUGGUAAAGGAGCAAAACCGCUACGUUAAGAAUCUUGCUAACAUUUCGUAAUAUUCAGCCUCCCUGUCGAGAUGAUGUGCGACACCACAAACCGAAGUUUUCGGGCGCAGUUAGCCGCUGUCCUGGACAAGCUAACGAAGACGGCUUUGGUUGAAAUAGGCAACCUCGCUGAUGAAUGCUCCUCUGUCCUUCACACCGAGAUGUCCCUGCACAAAACGGAAAAUGAGGCGUUGAAGAAGAGGUGUUACUUUCUGGAGGUCCAGCUGAGAGCAGCGAGGGAGGCACAAACGUAUCCUGCACAUGUCAACAAUGUCAGCCACCGACACCCUGCAGAACAGCGGCAUGCUGCUCCAGCCAUCGAUGGAGUUUUUGGAAAGGACUGGUGCAUGGAUCUGUGGAGAGAAGAGAAACUCCCCAGUUUAAGAAAAGAGAUAGUGGAGCCUGCUGCUAUGACGAGCAUGGGGGCACUGGCACUAGACUUAAUGGAGAGGGAACCUGAUCUCAUCUUUGUCAAGGAGGAGAUCUAUGAUGAUCAUCCCAUUGGCCAGCAGAUGAGGCUCGCAGAAGACACAAAAAUUGUUGGAAUUUUUGACGAGGACAGCAUCCUUCAUAGAUCUGUUGAUGAGCUACAGCUUCACUCGGGGGAAUUAAACAACUUCCCUAUGACGGCUGACAGUCAAACACAACAACGCACACAGCCAACAAUUAUGGACAAGUUGAUAGAUGAUGCAACAAUGUGCACUCUGGUUGACAACACAAGUUCUUCUUCAGCCACUGCCGAAUACUCAGACUAUACGAACAAUAUCCACUUGAAUGCAAUCAAAGACCUUCAGCCAAGACCUCUGAAGCUCACAAAACAGUUCGAGUGCUUAUUCUGUGGGAAGAUCUUCAACUAUUUGAGUAGUUUGAAAGUCCACAUCCGUCGACACUCCGGUGAGAAGCCGUUCAGCUGUUCAGUUUGCGGGAAGCGUUUUGCUCAGAAAACGUACCUGAAACUGCACCAGCGCGUGCACUCGGGUGAGAAGCCUUACAGCUGUCUAGACUGUGGCAAACGUUUUUCCCAGAAAAGCUCUCUGAACAUACAUCUUCGAACACACACCGGGGAAAAGCCUUAUAGCUGUGUGGAUUGUGGGAAAUGUUAUGCAUACAAGUAUGGUUUAAAUCACCACCAGUGUUUUAACUGACCUAUCAAACCACAUGGUUAUCGGUAAGAAGUCUAACUCUGAUCAGGACCGCUACUUCUACUAAAGUGCUCUCUGUAUUGCUCAAAGUGGAUGACCGUGCCAGUGUGAUACAAAACUCAAAUGUAGACGUUAAGUUAAGAUUUGAAAUACUCCUAUCUAUAUCAAAGAAAGGCUUUUGUAUAGCCUAUAUGGUUAUGUAAAAAUCAAAGUUUGUUUGAUGUGUUUUUAGCUUUAUUUCUAAGACAAUGCUGCUGCAGCCAAACAAGGGUAGAGAGACUAUCUGUCUUUUCUAAUGUUCCAUUUCAAUCGGUGGUUUUUGGAUUAUUUGAUUGCUGGGGGUUCAUUGUUUUUCAAAUUUGUGAAGCUCUUAGCAAGCUUUUAAAUGUACAGUUCACCCCCAAAUUAAAAGUACACAUUUUUUCUUCUUGCCUGUAAUAAUAAUAAUAAUAAUAAUAAUAAUAAUAAUAAUAAUAAUAAUACAUUUUAUUUGGAGGCGCCUUUCAAGACACCCAAGGACACUGUACAAAAUACAAGAGAUAAAAACAGCAGGACAUUGGAAGGGAGAGCAGAGAUAAGGUGGAGACACAUAUCUCACAAAGAGAAGAGGGGGGGAGGAUGAUGGAGACUACAGAGAGUAGGCCAGUUUGAACAGGUGAGUUUUGAGUUGGGACUUGAAUGUUGUAAUAGUUUCGGACUGUCGGAUGUGUGGAGGGACGGAACUCCAGAGCCUGGGAGCAGUGCAGCUGAAGGCGCUGGCACCCAUGGUGAUGAGGUGUGAUGUGGGGAUUGUCAGUAGACUAGCUGAGGAUGAGCGGGAGGGGGUAUACUCCUGAAGGAGGUCAGAUAGGUAGGUGGGGGCGAGUUUGUGGAGGGCUUUGUAGGUGAGCAGGUUUUUGCAGUCGAUCCGGGAUUGAACAGUGAGCCAGAGAAGUUUUAGGAGAAUGGGGGUGAUGUGUUCAGAGGAUUUGGUGUGGGUUGCCCGGCAGCGGCGUUUUGGAUGAUUUGAAGUCUGUUGAGCAGUUUGGUGGGAAGGCCAGAGAGAACAUUGCAGUAAUCAAUCCGCGAUGUCACAAAAGCGUGGACCAAGACUUCUGUCCUGAUUGGGACAGGACAGAAGUGCUAUUUACCCAUCUACAUUGUUUUGGUCUGAGUCUCCCGAGUAUCGAACUCUACCCGCUGAUCUCUCCAACACUCUGCAACUCACACCCAAACAAUCUAGAUUGUUAAAUAGCACUACGGGUAAGAGAACACGUAUGUAUUUUUGAUUUGGGGGUGAACUGUCCCUUUUUAUAAAAAAAAAAAAAAAAUCAAUUUCACAUCAUUUGCUACUUACAUUUAAUGUGAGGUGCUCAUCUAAACUACGACAAAAAGUACUUCUAUUUUAUCUUACUUCAUAUUUAUUGCUUUGGACAAAAGCGUCAGCUAAAUGAACUGUAAUGUAAUGUAAUCCAUUGCAUGUUGUCAUAGGGUUCAGGUAACAUAGUAUACAUACCUCAGUUCAUGCCAGUUAAGGCCUGUGUCAAAUAAUGCCAAAAUACUUACUUUGGACAAAUGCUCCAUUGUGUGCACACAUGUAGCAUAAACUUUCAAAGCUACCUCUUCAUAACAAUGUAGAAGUAAAACAACUCCCUCUGUUUGCUUCAUUUCCCAAGUCUCACCACAGCUUUAUAGUUCACAUGUCAUGCCUCAUUUAGUGAUAUUUACCUGGAUAGAAAGUGGGUAAGUCUAACUCUUUGAAACAAAAAAAAAAAAGAUUUGUGAAAUGUUGAUGUGCGUUUAUUACAAAUUAUUUUUGAGCUCCAGAAAAAGUUCUGGUUUAAAUAGUGUUACUGUUUUAAAUAAAUGUUUGUAUGGCUGCAUCAUGAUUUGUAGAAAUACAAAUAGUGUUUUCAUUAUACAGUCAAAUUGUAUUGUUUUAUAUUCUAAAUGUGAAGCAUUUCUGCUCAAGAAUCAAGUUUUAUUCUGCACUAAAGUGUCAUCCGACUUUACCUGCACUGAGCACAUGUCACAUGUCACCUGUAAUAUGAUUCCCCUGAACAGACCACACUGACCCACUAAGGGAAUUAUACCUGCCCGUGAAAGAAAUCUUGUGCUGUAGAUUCUUUCCCCCCCUUUUUACUCACACCUGCAUGCCCCUUACAGAGCCCCAUCAGAUGUGCAUUGUUCAGAUUGUCAAAGUAAAAUACAUCAAGACUCUGCUGUUGAAACUGAUUCUUCAAGAUCAAGGCAACUUCAGUUUGGAUCAGACAAAACUAUUCUCAUUCUUACUUUAAAAAUGGAGAGUUCUAUCAAAUAAAAGUAUAAUCAAAUGAA